AUGGAGACUGUGGGAAAUACGGUGGAAACGUUUCUCGGCACGACAUUCCGAAUCGCGUCGAAUAAUCGCGAAUUCUAUCAUCAGGAAAUAAUUACAGGAUUGGAGGGAUGUUUGCUCGAUUUAAUUGAACAAUCGAUUGCGACCAAUAGCGCACUUUGCGUGGCGUUUCUGGCGGCUUUGAUUGAUACUUCUGCAUCGACGCACGCUCUAGGUCAAUAUGCGUUGACUGAAAGCGUCAAUAACUUUCAGGUCGUCGUAGAAGCGCACAUCAACAGCGCUGCGCAGGAAUUCGCUCGAGAGCUGAGUGCGCUUCGCUCGAAGCAAUCAUCGACGCGCAAUUCGGGUGGAGAAUAUGAGUUUCGCAUGCCAGAGCUCGAUCCGUUGAGAAAAAUUAUUUCAGCUCAUAUGCAGCUUCAAAACGUGUUUGCGGCAAAUGGUGAACACUCAGCUGAUGCUUGUUUUCUGUCGAUGUGUGAUGUAGCGUGCACGCACAUAGAACAUACAGCGAGUGCGGUAUCCAAGAGAGGUGAGAAUGAAGGCGACGUUUCUGCCGGACUAGCGGCGCAAUUGGACGGAUUCAUGACUUUAGCGAGCUCAACUUACGUCGCGGAGGUUUGCGAAAAGCAUUUUGGAAAGCUCUUCGGGGAGAUCCACGCUUUGCGCUCGGGCUCGAGUGUGGGAACGUUUCAGCCUGCCGGCGACCGCCGCGCACACCUACUCAAGCUGUAUAAGAUCGCCAUUCCGAACGUUCGGGGCGUUGAAAAGAGUGUCGAAGCUUGUGCAAAAACCUUGAUGAAAGAUUUGAUUGUCCACGAGCUCGUGUUACGAACUUGGCGAGAACUUGAAGCACAUGUGGUUGAGGGACUGUCGUCUCUCAAGGCAGCACUUGGAGACAAUAAAACAUCCGAUGCGAUACCAAUCGCGCAAGUACAGCACACGUUCGCCGUACAGUCGAAAUCGUUUCACUAG